AUGGAAGUAUCAGGAUUUCCGCAUCAAGUUGGCGGGCAUUUUGGGAUUCUUUCAAUUUCUGGUCAUGUUUGUAAACUACUUAAUCAAAGAGAAUAUGAAUUUUAUCUUCAAUUGGAUCCGAGGUUUAAGCCUUUCACUGCGAAAUUUUGUGGACGUAUUAAAGUUCAAUGUAACAACAACAACAAUAAUUCUUUAAUUGCCAAAACAGCUUCAGAAGAAGAACAAUCUUUAGUAAGUAUGUCAACAGAAACUUUAGUUGAUUGUCAUCCACAAUUAAUCCAAAUUCCACCAAAUACUUUAACUACAACAAUUAUUUCUUCUUCAACAAAAAUUUGUGGGACAGAAAAUUCUUUAGAGGAAUUCUCGGCUACUAAAUCCUCUUCUUCUUUUUGUUCUUCUUCAACAAAUUCCUCUUCUUCGAUGUCAUUCCGUCUUAAAAGUGGAAAAGUUGAGACAGAAAAGUCUAUUGGAAAUCAAUGGGCAGGACAGUGUCAGAGCAAGGUUGUCCAACGAUUGCUUAAAGGCACCGAUAAAUAUUUUAUCGUUUUGGAAGAUUUGGUGGCGCAAUACUCAAAGCCUUGUGUUAUAGACCUUAAAAUGGGAACUAGACAACAUGGCGAUGAUGCUUCUGCACAAAAAAAGUUAACACAAACACAAAAAUGCCGCCAAUCUACAAGCUCUAAAUUUGGUGUACGUUUAGUUGGAAUGCAAAUAUAUGAUCGUCAAUCUAAUCAAUUCACUUUUGUAAAUAAAUAUGAGGGACGUCGAAUGGAUCAUUCCCAAUUUUGUGAUGCUCUUUUAAAAUUCUUUAGAGUAGCUGGAAAGAGAAGAACGAGGAAAAUUAUUGAGGAACUACUCAAAUUACGUAAAGUAUUGUCUAGAGCCAUGGGUUUCCGAUUUUUCUCUAGUUCACUUCUAAUUGCCUUUGAUGGUGAAAAAAUAAGUGUUGGAAGUAAUUUAGAUCAAAGAGGAGGUGGAGGAAUAAUUGUGAAAAUGAUUGAUUUUGCACAUUCCACUUUUAACGGUUUUCUCGGUGAUAAAUUGUACACAGGUGCAGAUGAUGGUUAUAUACUUGGAAUAGAUUCUUUAUUAAAUAUUCUUGGAAUGUUUUUACAAACAAGUUUUCGACCUCCACCAAUAGCUAAUAAUAGAGAAAUUGUUGUUAAUAAUAAUUGUGAAUUACAACAACAAAAAAGACCUUCACUUAAAAGAAAAUUAUUAUUAGAAAAUUUAGAAAGUUUGGGGGAAACAAGCAAUAAUUGUUGUGAUGUUUGGAUUGAAACAACAGCAACAACUGAAAAUUUGGCACCUUUGUCUGAUAAUGAUAAUAGUAAUUGGUCCUAUGAAAUGGAAGAUGAUGAAUCAAGUAUAAAUUCUAGCACAAUGGGAUUUACAUCAGAUUCAGGUGCAGAAAUGGGUGAACCAGAUGAGGAAGAGGAAGAGGAAACAAAUUCUGCUUCUUUAGCAAAUUUACAGCAAUUUAAUAAUUCUGUGGUGGAUGUUGACAAAAUUGAAAUAAAUAUUAAUUUAAAUAUUUCACAAAGACUUGAAGGGUUUGUUGUUAAUUCUUCGACAACAACAACAAAAAUACAAAGAAAUGAUUGA